GAAGCUUAAUACUUUUAUUUAGAAUUAACAAUUUAUAUACAAAAAAUGUUCAGAUACGAUAUUUGAUAUGCCAGAAUUUUACUUACAGAAUCCCUAUAAAUAUCACUGUGAACAGUUUCAUAAACUUAAUUUAAUAUUAUUCUACGUUUAAUAUGGGAAGAUUCAAUAAGUAUCUGUAAAAGUGCAGAAGUGUGGGGAAUCUAACAAAAUCAUGCCAUUUGAUUACCUCAAUCAUGUUUCACUUUUCAUACAACUGACAGAGCUUAUGUUGGGUUAGAAAGCACUUGGCUGUAUAGAUCAAGUUUCUGUUGCGUUUUAAUUGACAAAGCUUACUCUAAAAUGUUGAUUAAUGUUUAUGAAAUUAACAAAAUCAACACGUCUUUGUUGUGAAAUGAGUUAAUUUGCCAUAUUUAAUAAUAUUAAAAAUUAUAUAUAUGAUACUCAAUAUUAUGUAUAUUUUAGUGCAUCUUUGUAACGUUGAGAAUUUGUAAAUUGAUUGAUAAAAUAAAAAAUUCAUAAAAGUUUCGGUUAAUCGUACAUUUCGAGUUACAAGAUAAAAAAUGUUAGUAUGUAUUUUCCUGUUUGAUACAAAGUGAACAUGAUUGAAAUCUUGUUUUGAACUUCAGAUUAUCUUUUUAGUCUUGUUAAAACUAAUGUAAAAAUGGAAUAUUUAUGUGAACAUCUUGAUGAAACUGCAAGUGUAGAUACACUACAAUUAGAAGAAUUUUUACGUGAACAAAGAGCAGCUGAAAUAAAUAGAUUAAAUUAUUUAAGUAAAAAAGUUGAUUACCUCCAUACUGAUUUAUUGUACUAUAGAAAUAUUAAAUCUAAAAUGGGUGCUGCCUGCUAUGAAGUCUGGAAAACCAUAGUGAAGAAAGUGGGGGGUUCUCCAAAUUGUUGGAGAGAUGUUGGCCAUUUAUUAGGUGUUACACAGGAUGACCUAAAUUACAUAAUGAAUUCUUUAAAAGAUGACCCAGUGGAUAUGGUAUUGAAAGUAUUCAGACAAAAUGAAAAAGCUACUAUAAAUAAAAUAGUUGAUGCAUUCAUAAAACUGCAGAGGUAUGACAUCUUGUUAGCAAUUGAAAAUCCACUGUGUACUAUGGCUGAAUAUUUUAAUAAAGAUGAUAGUGGUUAUCAAAGUGAUGGUAAGAUAACUGGUAAAAAGGAAAUUGUUACACUCAAAAACCUACCCAAUGAUCUACCUGCAGCUUUAAAUAAAAAUAUAGUACUUCAAAACAAUGACCCUAAAAGACCUAAAGAAACGUUACAGCCCCCAGUUAGUAAACAGGAGCCAGCAGAAAAAGAAAGCCCUAUUUUAUUCUUAACUUAUGCUCAAGAUGGUCUACCAACUGCACUUAACAUACAGGAGUAUGUUAGUAAUUGGACGGAAAUACCAAAUGUUAAAGUCAUAACAUUAAACAAUAGAAGAGAAGAAACUUACCAGAAUCCUGAAAAAUUUAUAAGAGAAUAUUUUGAAAAGGCUGACUACAUUGUGCCAAUCAUAACAACAGGAUAUAUAAAUGAAAUAACCUCAAACAACAAAAAUAUACCAAAUACAACAGAGAAUUUGGAUCACAAAUAUGUUAAUUUCAUAUAUAAUCUCAUUGUUAACAAUUAUAUUCAUGCAACUGGUUGUCUUAACAGAAAAGUAAGAAGUGUGCUGCCACAGAAUGCAAAUGUUGAUCUAUUUUCACGUAUGACAAUGUAUCCUGAUUUAUUGCCUUGGACAUACGAGACAAACUUUGAUGAACAGUUUCAAGAGUUUUUGAGAAAAGAACCUUGAUUUUAGUUUGUAGGACGGUUUUCAUGUACAAAAAUUAACAAAUACCAGUUUUGCAAUGCAAACUACAAUGUAUAUUUUUGAAAUGCAUUGUUUGAUUGUAAUUGUGUAAUUAGAAUAAUCAUAAUAAACACAAAUUAAUUAUGAUUAAAAUUAAAUUACCAUCAAAUUAGACUUCUAGGGUUUAUACAAACAAGUUUAUAUUAUUUAAUUUAAGAGAAGAGACAAUUAUUUUCAAUCAUGAACUAUUUUCAAUCAACUAAUUAGCAAAAACACACGAAGAUAAAUUUCUUGCCAUAAAGUGAAGAUUUUUGUUUUUUAACUGUCAGUUUUAAUAAAUGUACCUGACAAUCGGACUUUACUGAAUAAAA